AUGGCCAAAGGUGCGACCAGCCAACGCGUGGUGAACUUCGCCAAGGAGAUCAACUCCUCGCGCCCACCGCGCGACGACGAAUACUUCGUCAUGUACCGAUUUGCCAAACAUGCUUCCAAGUGCAACUUCUGUGCCGACCCAUACGCCUGCUACGAACAGGACCUCGAUCUCUGUGACCGAGGCCGGAGCUACGCCAGAGAUGUCUCAAGCUACCUGUUCUCCAAGGGAGCCAAGCCGUUCUCCAAGAUUGACAGAUCCAACGGCGACUCGGUCCAGGUCGAGAUCCCCGCCGAGUGUGAAGUCAUCAACAGACUCAUCAAGGCAUGGGACCGUGGCAUGACCUUGAGCAAGGCGAAGAAGCCCAUCAUCGUGAACCCUCCCACCAGGAACCCCGAGAGACACGAGAAGGUCGAGACCCCAAAAGCCAAGGAGUACUUCUACGAUGAGCCCCGCCGGAGCAGAAAUUACGACGUGGUCGAGAUCAUCCCCAACUCCAGCCGCCGAGGAAGAGAACGCGUCUACCGGGACGACCACGGGGCAGAGGAGCGAUACCGCUACGUUCACAAGGAGAGACCAGUCAGCUACCACGGAAGCAAGGGCAGCCUGUACGAACGUGACGAAGAGGAGAAGCGACGUCGACAGCAGUACGACCAGCAACCCAUUGUCAUCAUCGCCGAGCCUUCCAGGCGGUACAAACGGUGA